CGCCUUCUCUUGCCGAUGUGCUCACCAUAUAAAGUCUUGGAGAUAACAAGCAUUUCUCAAAUUCUUCACAUUGACGCCCAGUCGCUCUGAACCCAAGCAGUGAGCAGCCAUGCCAUCUGAACUAGAGAAGACCAUGGAGUCCCUCAUCAUGGUGUUCCACCGGUACGCUGGGAAAGAAGGGAGCCAUGGAUCCCUGACCCGCCGAGAGCUCCGAACUCUGAUGGAGAAUGAACUAGCUGCGUUUCUCAAGUCUCAGAAAGACCCUACAACAGUAGACAGAAUUAUGAGAGACCUGGAUGCCAAUGGAGACGGAGAAGUGAACUUUGAAGAGUUUGUGUCGCUUGUAGUGGGUCUAUCCAUCGCCUGUGAGAAGUGCUACCGGAUGCAAUUAAAGAAGACACGAAGCUGGAAAUGAACAGUGGGGAUUAUGAAGAGGAAAACUUCAUUGAUCCUGUCAUCUAUUAAAAUAACUAUUUUGUCCUAUGAGUUUGUGUUGUCAUUUGUGCAUUGAGAAAGAAGGAUGAGGGAUAGAUCUAAAUGGCAUCAGAUAAAAAGCAUAAAAACACUUUUGCUGUCAAAGUACAAUGGGUGUGUAUGACAGGCCUUUGAGGAUUUGACAUUGCUCUUUGCCCUAUAGUAUUCUUCAAGCUUUAAAUGUUUGCUUUAUGAUUAAAGCACAAUCUGCUUUUUAUUUUAACUUCAAAAUAUUCCUGUGUAGAGCUUUUAUUGUUAGGAAAUACUUAAAACAUUUGAAAACCUUGGUAUGGGUAUCUGGGAAUGAUGUUCAGUAAUGAAAAAAGGGUGGAAACGAUCCUGAUGGACUGAUUCUCCAACUGUUUAUUUUAGGCCAGAUGGGUGGAGAGAGGAAACCAAGUAUUAUUCAUUUGUACAAAUGUAUAGUCCCUUUGGUGCUCUCUCUCUCUCUCUCUCUCUCUCUCUCUCUCUCUCUCUCUGCUACAUUGUCACAAUGCUUUUCUCACAUUUGUCUUUGCACUUGGGUGUGUCCUGCAGUGAAGCAAACCUGUUAAUGGUGAAAAUUCAAGCACAUGGCUGCUUGGUAUCUGGCAGUUGUACCCCAGUGUGUAAAUUCACUCAUAUUCUGCACAUGUUCCAGACAUUUUGGGGUCAUAAUUUGAUAUAAGAUUUCAAGACAUUUUUGCUUUGUGGUAUAAAUACAUGUUGCCGUUAGUCAGUGGAAAUAAAACUCUUCCAUAUA